GUUCCUGGCAGAUUAUAUCCUAAGUCAAAUGAGCCUGGAUGGGUGAGUGGGUGGGGUGUCGGUGGGACAGGGGUGGUGCCGCACCCACAUUGCGGAGGUCUGGAUCACAUUUAAAACACAUGUUACUGCUCUUUGGCUGUGUGCGGUUUGGCAACUCCGGAGGAAAAGACACUGAUAGGCGAUUUAACAAGCAGCGGACUUGAUCACUUGACAGACAGACAUUAAAAAAGGAAGACGGGAACACACAAGCAAAUAAAAAGGCGCUCUUUGAGACAGCAGGACCAGCGGCAGUGGGAGAGACAUAAGGGUAGACACCAAGACAGACAAACUAGCUUCUCAGAGCUUUUUCAGAAUUAGCCCACAUCUUAGAGGAAAGAACUGUGUGGCUAUUCUUGCACCUCAGGGCCUUUUUGCACAGACUAACCACAGUAGAAUCUGGAGAACUGAAGACUGACUGAGGGGAAGUUUAACAUACAGAUAUUGUAACCACUGAAAUUAGCAGUUAAAGGGCAGCCAGAAGUCAGCAGCCUUUUCAGGAGGUGGGAAUAUAAAGAAGAAAAGAGUUUGAACACAGAGGAAUUUGUUCAGAUCAUCUAGCUAGAGGCCCUGAAAUUUCUCACAGGCAUUCGAUCCAUUUGGACAAAAGAGAGUGUGCUGAAGUCUUCAAGGGCAUCCUGACUUUUAUUUUUUCUGAGAUAAUUUUCAGCUUCUAACUUCUAGUAGCCUCGCUAUUUAACUGGACACCUCAGGUUCUGCAUCAAAGCCUCUGCAGUAAGAGGUGCAUAUUUUAGAGCCUCUUUAGCCUCCUCCAUUUGGCUCGUGGGUGUCUGGGCUGCUGUGACAGGUUACGUCUGGCUUGCACACACACACACACACACACACAAACACACACUGUGCAGCCGGAAGAUCAAGAGUUUCUGUUGCACAUACCUGCACUGAGAGGACAGAGUGUGUGUGGUCUGAGGGACUCAGCUGGUCUGGGAAACUGAGUCAGAGAGGCAGCCAGCUCGAAGUGCUUUCUGCCAGCAGUAAAAGGAGACGUAACUGCUGAGUGCUUCUCAGAGAAAGCAAGCGGAGUCAAGGGAUGAUGAUGAAACGGACUCUGUGCAGAAUCUCCUGCUUGGUGACUCUGGUGGUGGAGCUGAGCUGGAUAAACUUGGGCCACAGCAUGCACAGAGAGGGAGGAAGUCGGGUAAUGAAGCAGUGGGAAAGGAAGGUGCGGUCAGCCUCCAGCCUGGAUGAGCUGCUUAAGCUCGCAGACUUUCCUGACUGGAAGUUGUGGAAGUGUCGUCUGAGACUGCAGCAGCCAGAGACCCUCUCUUCUCCACCUUCAGUAGGCUCACACCGCUCUACACGCUACGCUGCCGAAUCUUACAGCCUGGAGAUACUUAAAGCCAUAGAUGAAGAGUGGCAGCGGACUCAGUGCAUGCCAAGGGAAACGUGUGUCGACGUGGCCAAGGAGCUCGGCACCGACCCCUCAAUGUUCUUCAAGCCACCUUGUGUGUCCGUCCACAGGUGCAGUGGCUGCUGCAAUCAAGAGGGCAUCACCUGCAGAAACACAACUACUGUAUAUGUGAAUAAAACUGUCCUUAGUGUCAUUCCAUUCAAGUUUGUACCAGAACCUGUGCUAAUAAAAGUAGCUAAUCAUACAGAGUGCAGGUGCAUGGAGCCCGCCAUAAUACGACGUAAUGCUCAACCUCACAGGAGCAGUGGCUGCUCUCCGAUGGGCCAGCUGUCAGAGGCAGAAGACUCCAGGAGACUUUGUGCCAGUGGGUUGAUUUGGGAUUGUUCAACUGACAGAUGCAUACCUUACCCUUCCAGUACACCAGACUUUCCACUCAGUUUGUGGAUGCCCGACUGUGAGAUAGACGUGGAGCGCUGUGACUGUCUUCCUAGACCUGUGCCGACUCUUCAGCCAAGACCGACCCAUCGCUGUCAACUCAACUCUUCCAUCUGUGCUCACAAGCAUCAACGUUUCGAUCAAGCCUCCUGCAGAUGCAAAUGGCCCAAGUAGAAGUCCACUGGGGAAAUAAAUUAGGACAACCUGCUCGCCAAGGAUGUUUGGAGGCAGAGAAAAAAGGCUCAUAAUUUAUUUACAGUCCUAUUUAUACCAAUCACUUUAACAAAUUAAAAUUAUAUUAACGAACAUGACCAUGUUAAUUGAUUUCUUUAACAUGCUUACUUUAUGUUUCAAUCAAUGUAUAAAGUGUAUGAUUUGUACAUUUGUUCUUUGUGCACUGAAUAUGUAGUUUAUAUUAAACGAUUAUUUUUGUAAUUUGAA